AUGGCUACGCUUCCUAACCUACAGGGCGUUGAAGCGCUCUUGCACUCGUUUCGUGAGGCUGAUAUUCAACGUGAUCAAUUAUUGCAGACCCUCGCACAAGCUGUCUUCGAGACGCAAAAUGAAUUGAAGACCGUUCAGGGUGAUCUUGACGAUGAACGCAACACUCGCCGCGAGUGGAAACGAAAAGCCGAAGAGGCCGCCGCGGCAAUUGAACGGAAAUAUUCUGCUUUCCUUGUUGAUGGAGAUGGUUACAUCUUCCACAAGGCGUUAUACCAAGCUGUUGCGACAUCUGGUGGCUCUAGAGCGGCCAAUGAUCUCUACAAUGAGGUUGUCGAAUACCUCAGACAGCAAGGCCUUCUGAGAAACAACAGUUCAAACUACGAUGUCGUUGUGAAUGUUUACGCCAACAAAUUGGGCCUGGCUAGAGCCCUGGUUGCUGCCGGCUACCUUGAUCAUCCUUCCCAACUAGACCAAUUCUUCUGUUCAUUCUCCCAGGGACAGCCUCUCUUCCAGUUUAUCGACUGCGGACCGGGCAAGGAGCGUGCAGAUACAAAACUAAGAGAUACCUUCCGGUUCUAUGCUGAUAAUGUUCAGUGCCAGCGAGUUUUCCUGGCUGUCACACACGAUAACGGAUAUAUUGCUGAGCUAGACAAAUUUCGCUAUGCUACAUUUCAAUCAAAGAUAGUGCUAGUCCAUCAAUCUUCGGCGGCCAAAUCAACACAAUCUUUUGCCAGCUUGCCGUUCAAGACGACGACCUUCGAAACCGUUUUCGAGCCAUACCCCCUAAGCAUCACACCAAGAAUUCAUAGCCAGGCAUUGUCCCCAAGCUUCGAUGAAGCCAUUGCUGAAUCCUCGAUAGCCAGCUAUGAAGAAGCAGAACUCACUCCGCCAGUGAGCCGGACUAGCUCAUCGAUCUCUGUGCCACCUAGACUAGCACCUGUCUCAACGCCAGCUGGGAUCCCAACGAUAGCCAAAUCCCCCACCCCACCCUCAGAAACACCUACUGCUGCACUUGAUACGAAGACUGGCAUUCCAAUCAAUCGAAGUGGACAGAGAAUCGAUCUUAAGCUCCGGACCCCUACCGCGGCUGAGUUGGCCCAGUUUGAGACUCGGAUCAAAGUGCGUAAGCUUUGCAAUGAACACCAUCUCCGAGACAGUUGUGAAGCAUAUAACUGUAGGUUUGAUCACGAGUGGAUUGAUGCGAACACGAAGAAUGCACUUCGAUACAAGGCCAGAAGCAUCCCUUGCAGUUAUGGGUCAAAAUGUCGAAUUCGGAAUUGUUUCUAUGGCCACAUCUGUCCAUGGGAGAGUAAUGGCGGAGAAUGUGGUAAUCGCAAGUGCCAGUUCAUCGUGAAGGGGCUGCAUGAUAUCAAAGAUCUACAAGUGGCUAGAUUUGUUGCAGCAGCGCCGCCAAAUGCGUACUGA